CUAUAAAAGCAUUCCACCAUUAAAGCCACCACCACACCUAAACAUAUUAAAAAGAAGAACAAAUAAGAAAAGAAACUAUUCCCUCUCCUUCCCACAGAUCCCUUUUCCCAUUAAUCCCACUUCCACCAUGGAUGAUCCUUCCACUAAUUUCUUCACAGAUCUCUUCAAAUUCAACUAUCCCACUAAUUUCCACCACCACCACCACAACCCUCCUUCUUCAAAUCCUCCUCCCAAUUUCUUCCACGCGCCGCCCUCCUCUCCUCCACUCCGGCAGGCCCUCCCCCUCCUCCGCCUCAGCCCCACAAGGUCAUCACAAGACCACCACCUCUCUUUUACUUCCUCCUCCGCCAUGGAAAUUGACAACAACAACAACAACGAUAACGAGGAUGUUUCGGUGACGGUUGCGCUUCACAUAGGGCUUCCAAGCUCUAAUGCCUCAGAAAUGGCAACCCUUUUGGUGUCUGAUAAUAAUAAUCAAAAUGAGGAAGAAGAUCAAUUAGAAGAAGAAUUAGAAGAAGAAGAAGAUGAAGAUGAAGAACAGCAACAAGCGGGUAUCACAAUUUCUGGAUUCUCUUUGAGUAGCAGACUCAAUAAAGGACAGUAUUGGAUCCCUACUCCUUCUCAAAUCCUCAUUGGUCCUACUCAAUUUUCUUGUCCUGUUUGUUUCAAAACCUUCAAUCGAUACAACAACAUGCAGAUGCACAUGUGGGGGCAUGGUUCACAAUACAGGCGAGGCCCGGAGUCCUUGAGAGGCACACAGCCAACGGGCAUGCUCAGGCUGCCGUGCUACUGCUGCUCGCCGGGCUGCCGCAACAACAUCGACCAUCCGAGAGCGAAGCCAUUGAAGGACUUCAGAACCCUUCAAACUCAUUACAAACGCAAGCAUGGAAUCAAGCCAUUCAUGUGUAGGAAAUGUGGUAAAGCCUUUGCUGUUAGAGGGGAUUGGAGAACUCAUGAGAAGAAUUGUGGGAAGCUUUGGUAUUGCAUUUGUGGCUCUGAUUUUAAGCAUAAGAGAUCGCUUAAAGACCACAUCAAAGCCUUUGGGAAUGGACAUGGUGCUUAUAAUAGUAACAUUAAUAAUAACGAUGAUCAUCGUCAACAACAACAACAUCAUCAUCAUCAUCAUGCGUUCGAUGAGGAGGACGAGUCGGCAUAUUCUGAAGUUGAGGAAGAUCAUGAUUGAUUUUGUUGUGUUCUAAGGGAGAUUUGAGUAUGUUUUUUU